AUGAACUAAGAGGUACUUCCUUUAAAUAGUUACUAUCGAUAAAAUUAAAAUACCUUAUAAAGCAGAAGAGAGACAUCCUCUAAAAUAUCUUAAAAUAUGUCUCCUAUUAUGCCUAUUUGUCUAAAACAGAGCACUAAUAUUGAAAAUGAAAUUCCAAAAGAAUUUGAUGGAGAAAAAAGCAUAUAUAAAAGUUUCAUAGAUGAUUAUUACAGUGUAAGAUCUAAUUUUCCAAAUUCUCCUUCAGUAAAAUUUCAAAAGAAAAAAAUAUUUAACGAUGUUUAAAUUACUUCUGAAAAGACAAGUUAAAUUAAGGCAAGAUAAAUCUUAGAUGAAAAACCUUAAACUAAUAAUUAAGAAAUUUAUAACACUUAUUAAUAGAUAUCAGAAAGAGAAGCCAUUUUGAUUUAGUAGCAUCCUUAUUUUGAAAAUCAAAUUAAAUUACUAGAAAUUGAUUAAUAGUAAUAAUUUAAAUUAGAAUGUCUUAAAGAUUCAAAUAAAGAGAGUUAGGUUGUUUUUAAAAAUCAAUAAAUUCUAAUAACACUUAAAAGAUAGAAUUUAAAUAAGAAUAUUUUAUUUUGCUAAUUAACCUUUUAAAAUAUUAGUACAACUUCAAUUCCCAUUUUAGAUGUACUCUACUCAAAUGAUUAAAGUAAUUUAUUUCUUUUAUUGAUUUUAGCAUUAAGAUUAUCAAAAGAAAGUGAUUGUAUUAAAUCAUUGACUCCAGGUUAUGGUUAAAUCAGUACUUUUUCUGUUGAAAUUGUGAAUGUUCCAUUUACAACAGUCAAUGUUUCAAUAGAAUACAACAAUUAGUUUUUUAAAACUUGCUUACCAAUUACAAUCUUGAAUUUCAUUUAAGAUUAUAAAACAACGCCAAAUCGUUGUAUAAAAAAUCAUAAAUGUUAUAAUAAAAUAAUCUUAAAUAAAAAAGGUUGGAAUAUUGAGAAUCGAACAAUAAUUGGAAACAUAGUAAAUUCAGAAGUUGAAAUAAGAGUUGAAAAUGAUAACAACUAGCUUGUGUUAUUUAGUCAAAGCGAUAUUGAACAAUUAAAUUGGUAGAUUUUAAAUACACUUUAUGUAUUAUUUGAUUUAUGA